CCCGGAGCCGCUUCCAUCCUACCAUGAGUCUCCAACCUCUGAUUAUUUAAAUCAAUAAGUGCAAAUAAAUUUGAAAGAAAAAGAGAAAAAGACCAUAGUUUUUGAAUGGAAUAAUCCACAACAGAAACCCAAACCCCAGCUUGUCUUAGCGAAAGCAAAGACGCUAGUGUAAAACUUUCCUGAAUAUGGCGCAGCCAGCUACGUCUGCAAUCAUCACAGAAAAUUUUCUAUCAUUGCCGUAGAAUGCAGAUUAAUUUAAAAUAAAGCAAAUCAUCAGUAGGUUAUCCUUAUACCACAUCUAUUGUACAUGGAGGCCCAAGUAACAGAGGUCCUUCCCUCAGAAGAUAUGUCUGAUCAUAUGGGUGUUGAUAUUGAUAAAGCAAAUGCAAACGAAGUGGGUUCUGCUUGUUUGGCCAAAUCCGGUGAGGGUGGCGAAAUUUUGGAUUACCCAAGUGCAGAAGAGUUGGUUUCCAAAGCCAGGGCUCCUGUGAAGAAGGAAUACGUGAGGGCUGCUCCUGCUGUAAGGCCUAUUAAUGAAUGCAAGAAAGUUUCUACAGAGAAGAAAUCGAAAAGGCAGCUUAAAAGAGAGAGGCAACAGGAAAGGAAAUCAGCACAAAAUAUCUGUGUUGCUGUGGCGAAGGCAGGUGAUAUCAAAGCAUGCAAUUAUGGAGAUAAUUGCCGUUUAAGUCAUGAUCUAGAAGGCUUUCUUGCUCAGAAACCUCCAGAUCUCCCUGGAAAGUGUCCUUUUAUAUAUAAAACAGAACCAUGCCAAUAUGGAGUUGCUUGUCGAUACGCUGGAACUCAUAAAGAGCGUGAUUCCUUACAAGUAGAGAAUGCCUUAAGUGAUGCUAGUUUUGAGAUGAAUAGUCUUGUCAAAGAUUUGCAAAAGCUUAUUUGGAAAAAUGCUGUAACAUUCCCAAAGGCAGAAGAGCAACUUAAAAACCUGGGGAUUCUGGAAAAAGGUAAACCAAAGUCAGGCAAAACGGUUGAAAAACAUGUUGCUCCUGAUCAUGUUACAGAGGACGAGUCUGUUGAUUCUCCAAGGGUUGAGAAAAUUGAUUCAGAAUCUUCUGUUCUAUCCAACAAAAGUAGCUGCCCGUGCUUAUCUGGUACUGAAAAUAACGAGGGGGGAAAUAAUCAAAAUGGUGAUCUUCCACCCUCAAAAAAAGCGAAAAUAGAAGAUGAUAUUGUUUUAAGGGAUAUUGGUGCUGGUCAAAUAACUGAUGGAGAUGACUGCCAGCAGAAAACAGAUGGUGUGGAGGAUGGAAGCAAAUCUCAAUCUGAACAUGUUAAAACAAAGAUUGAUUUUGAUACAUUUGAAACUGAUAAUGAUGCCAAAUUGAAUCUGCGAGAGAAGAAGCUCAUAGAUUUUAGAGGAAAGCUGUAUCUUGCUCCUCUUACAACAGUUGGAAAUCUUCCUUUCCGAAGAUUGUGUAAGCUUUUAGGAGCAGAUAUCACUUGUGGUGAAAUGGCAAUGUGUUCCAAUCUUUUGCAGGGACAAGCUUCAGAAUGGGCAUUAUUAAGACGUCAUUCCAGUGAAGAUUUGUUUGGGGUACAAGUUUGUGGUGCAUAUCCAGAUAUUGUUGCACGUGCAGUGGAACUCAUUGAGCGGGAGUGUGUUGUUGACUUUAUUGACAUUAACAUGGGAUGUCCAAUAGACAUUGUGGUAAACAAGGGAGCUGGUUCUUCUCUUCUUACCAAGCCUGUAAAAAUGCAGAAUGUAAUAAAAGCUGCUGCUGCAACCAUAGAAAAACCUCUCACAGUCAAGGUGCGGACAGGCUAUUUUGAAGGGAGGAACCUGGUCCAUUCACGAAUUUUAGAUAUUAGUAAAUCAGGAGCAGCAGCAAUAACUAUACAUGGACGAACUCGGCAGCAACGCUACAGCAAGCUUGCAAACUGGGAUUACAUUAAUGAGUGUGCACAACAAGCACCUGAUGAUCUGCAGGUUGUUGGUAAUGGAGAUAUUUCUGCUUACACAGAUUGGAAUGAGCAUUUGAAUAAUGGGGCAAAUCUCUCAACAUGCAUGGUUGCUCGAGGAGCUUUAGUCAAGCCAUGGAUAUUCACGGAAAUCAAGGAACAAAGGCAUUGGGACAUAAGUUCUGGGGAGAGGUUUGACAUUUUAAAAGAUUAUGUACGUUUUGCACUUCAGCAUUGGGGAUCUGAUACAAAAGGCGUGGAAACUACCCGUCAUUUUCUAUUGGAGUGGCUUAGCUAUUCAUGUAGGUAUAUACCAGUGGGCCUCCUGGAUAUUGUACCACAGCGAAUAAACUGGAGGCCUCCAAGCUAUUUUGGAAGGAAUGAUCUUGAAACAUUGAUGGCUUCAGAGAGCGCAGCUGAUUGGAUUCGUAUUUCUGAGAUGUUGCUGGGGCCUGCUCCAGCAGGAUUCACUUUUACACCAAAACACAAGUCAAAUGCAUAUGACAGUACAGAUAAUGGUUAAUGCCAGCAUGCUCGUUGGUCUCAUUUUAUCAGAACUGACCUUGAGCAUUCUCUCAAGGCCCACUGUAGAAGCACCGAAAGGUGCAAAUUAAUAGCUGUUAACUGAUUGCUAUAUUAAUCUUAUGAGGCCAUAAUAGUGGCCAAGCUUAUUAUGCUUCAUAUGUGGUACAGAGAGCUUCUUUUCUAAACGAAUUGGGGAACAUGUUACCUUUCAGUUUUAUUCACGAGCAUCCUUUUGUACUGUCAUAUGCCAGAGCCAUAGGUAUGAGAUUUACUUCACUGAUUUAUAUAGUUGUACAAAUGAUUUUAUAGUGCA